AUGUCCGCCACCUCAAAGUUGUCUGCAUGUCGCCCAAGUAUCGAUGUCAGUUUGCACCAUGCGGGGGUGAUUUCGCGUCCUAUGCGUCCACACCCAACCUUGAACAUCUUCAGCCUCCCUAAUCCCCUCCCGGUGUCAUCACUCCCACCAUCACUCGUCUUUCAGACAACAAUCCCUCAUCCCGUGCAGCGCGCGCCACGAACCCCACAAUACACGGCUGCCCUUGAUGUGCGCUUCGCUCCUGCAGGCGGUGAUGUAGUGAACCAGACACUUGUCCGCGCAGACAUCGUACUCUUCUGUGAUCAUGUGUUGCUUUCUGCAUUCGUCGACGCAGGGAGAGGCGUUGAGGAACAGGUCGCAGCAGUAAGCGCUUCCGACUUCGCUGGUGCAGAGAGCUGCUCUUGA